CCAUGCCUCAAUGGAUUCUGACCACUAGAAACAUGGACAUUAAAUGAAUGACAAAGCCGAUGUUGUAAUAUUUGCAAUGUUGUGCAAAAUGCUUAGCAGUAUUUCGUCCAUCGUUAUGUUCUGAGUUCAGAUUCUGCCAAGGUCGACUUUGUGUUUCAUCCUUUCAGGGUCAAUAAAUUGAGUACCAUUUAUAUACUGGGGUUGAUCUAAUUGCCUGGCCCCUCCCCACAAAUUCUGGACCUUGUGCCUAGAGUAGAAAUGAAUAUUUCCAAUGUUGAAUCACUGUAUCUUUUGACUAUCCUCUUUAUCUCACUGACUCUUUUUUUCUGUUUCAGAAUAUCACAUCAUGUUGACAUAAAAGAAAUUACUUCAUCCAGACGUGCCUUUGAUGUUUUUAUCAACUUUUAUUGACUAAAGGAGGACGAUAUAUUUAUAAGGAGCAUUCAUCAAUACAUCUACGUUUUUAUAUAAAGAAAGUCUAUGACAAAAUAUUGGGAAAUGUUUCUUCUGGACGAUGAAAUUAACAGCAACAAUUUGAAGUCUUUGCCGUCUGGAAUAUAGAGGAGAUGAUUGCUUUACAGGUUAAUUAAGCUUGGAUAACUUUACAAAGGUGUAGACAAUUGUCACCUCUUGACUUAGAUAUUAAGCAAGAUCUCAGCUGAAAGAAACGGCAUUAAAUUAUUCCCUAAAAAUAGUGACACAACUGAACACAAACGUUCUCAUAGAAAUGAAAUAAACACUAUCAAUGUGAUAUUUAUGACAAAUUAUCCUCUCAUGAUGAAUCCUUUAACUGAAGCAAACAACCCUGAUACAGGUGAGAAACCAUAUCACUCUAAUACCUGCAGUGUAUCAUUCUGUCAGAGUGGUGUCUUGACUAUAGAUGAACCUUCACAUACUGGGUAAAAACCAUAUCCAUGUGAUAUCUGUGAUAAAUCAUUCUCUGAAAAGAGUAACUUUACGCAACACUUGUAUACACAUAGAGGAGAAAAGUCAUAUAAUUGUGAUAUUUGAGGUAAAUCAUUCUCUCGUAGUACUUACUUAACUAAGCACAUCCGUACACAUACGGGAGAGAGGCCCUAUCAUUGUGAUACCUGUGGUAAAUCAUUCUCUAACAGUAGUCAUUUGAUUAGACACAAGCGUACACAUAUGGAGGAGAAGCCCUAUCGUUGUGAUACAUGUGGUAAAUCUUUCUCUCGUAGUACUUACUUAACUAAGCAUAUCUGUUCAGAUGCGGGAGAGAAGCCACACCAUUGUGAUAUUUGUGGUAAAUCAUUCUCUCGGAGUGGUCAUGUUAUUAAUCACAAACGUACACAUACAGGAGAAAAGCCAUAUCAUUGUGAUAUCUGUGGUAAAUCAUUCACUGAUAGUAGUUACUUAACUCAGCACAACCGCAUUCAUACGGGAGAGAAGCCCUAUCAUUGUGAUAUCUGUGGUAAAUCAUUCUCUCAAACACAUAACUUAACCGAGUCCCAGACCCCGUAA